UCAAUCAAACCACCCUCAUUCCCUUCUCUUGCUUCCUCUAAUUAAAUUCCUCAAUCAAUAUCCUCUUCUUGACCCUCAGAUCCCACCUCCCGACUCAACCGUGUGGCCUAUUGGAAUGGAUAAUCAGGCUCAUCCCACGCCGUUUCCAGCGAGAUCAAGACUGGCACGACAGAAGCCCGAGAGGAAGAUGACCGAAGCAUCCAAAGCAGUCGCGUCAGCCCCUCUUAAUUCUAGGCAGAAACGUGCGUUCGGCACAUCCCUAAGCACAAACAUUCCCUCGAAACUUGUGAAUGAGAAGAAGCUUGCAAUCAAACCGAAGCAAGAGAUCAAACCUGCACCAAAAACACCCUCUGCAGCCACUGACAAAAAGUCCUCUGAGAAAGCAAGGCCGGUGCAGAUGAAGAAGAAGAGCGUGUGCUUUGAAGAGAAGAUCGCGAAGGUUACAGGCGAGGAAGAUGCUCGAACGCCGGCUGCAUCCCACUCCUUGGUAAAGCCAAGAAGGUCAGGUACACCGUACCGCACUGCAGAGAAUUGUAGCAAGUGCAAGUUCGAUAGGAUGGAGACGGCUUCAUAUUGGUUGUCCCAGAUCAACCUGGCGGAGUCCAUGGGCAAGCAUUUCGUGUCAGGCACAUUCUUUCGGCUGGCCCAUGAAUGCAAAGCCGAGCCAUUCAGAAACCUACUGCUGGAGCUAAAGCGAUAUUUGGCUCGACAUUCCCACUUAUCAGAAGAGGCACGCUGGAGAGAUGUUUCUCUUAUUUACGGACUGACGGAAGAAGAUGGGCAUUCGGGAUUGGAAGGUCGGGGACCUGAAAGCACUAGCAGCACAACAGUUCAAAGCGAGAAUGAUCUGUAAUCUGUAUGUUUUACAGCUUGAAUUCAACAUUACACAUAUAUAUAUAUAUAUAUAUAAUAUCAUCAUGUGAUAUUUGGCUGCAAAUCAAGAUGUUGAACUUCGAAGGAUAGGGGGAAUUGUUGGUUUAUGUUAAGAUAUGGUAAUGUGCAACAGUAAAUGUGAUGCAGAGUUUCAUUUA